CUGUAGCCCCGCUAUCUUUAGCACUGUCGCGGAUUACCGUGCACUGUGAGCUGGAUAGACUACCUGCUCCGUCGCUGCAGCCCUCUACAACCGAAGAGCGCUCUUUAAAACGAACUACACGGCGACAAUACCCCACAAAGGAUGGGGGAAUGACAACAAAAUCCCCGUCCGCGGUUCUCCGUUCCCGACAAGACUACCACCUCCACCGCCAGCGACGAUGCUGCUGCCGCCGCUCUCCAGCCCGCGGAGCGAACGCCAACGCCGGGCUUCAACGCUGCUCCUGGCCGCGGUCGUGCUCUGUGUCGUCCGCGCCGCUGCUAGCUUUCCAGCUAGUAGAAUGUGCCCUCACCAAAUCGACUGUGCCAAAGAGGGACGCCACCUGUGCCAGCCUGGCUCCACCAGCUGUGGCCCCUGCCUCUCGGUGCUGGUGGAGAAUGAGAUGGGUCGCUGUGUGACCAGGAAGAGACAUCGUCAACAUGCGAAAGUGCAGUUCUACCCAGACCUGGAUGAAGAGAUCGAUUUCAUCCAGUCAUACAUCGAAAAACAGGAAGUUUCUGCGAUUGAACCACAGAAGACACAAUUGAAACCUCCCGUCGCCGUCUUCUCCGCCAAAGCUGCGAGCAAGCUAGCUGCUUCCGAACAGGGGCAGUCGGGACAAGAUCGCUCGUCAGCCGAAACCAGUAACGGCACCUCUGCGGCCUCUGGCAGAGCAAGUCUUACCAACACAUCCACCCCCCAGCCCCCCGGAGUGGACGGUCGAGCGGGCCCUCUUAUCGAGAACGCUCACAAGGAUGACAAAAUCAUCAUCAUUGUAAUCUCCCUGUUUGUGGUGAUUGGCACCAUAGCAUUGAUCAUGGCAACUGUCUGCUAUGUCAAGUUGCGGAAAGAAUCUCAUCUGGCUCAGAAGGUGGACUAUCCCGCCUUCAGGGGAGCAGGUGUGACCGCCGCCACAGGUGACGCUAAAUCGAUUGGAGAUGAAACUCUGGCGCAAAGUGCCCAAAUGUACCACUAUCAACACCAAAAACAGCAGAUGCUGUCCAUUGGAAAUCACAAACCAGAACAAAAAGUCAUUGAUGCCGAGGUCACCUCAGAUGAAGAAGAGGCCGGAGACUUCACAGUGUACGAGUGUCCUGGACUUGCACCGACCGGCGAGAUGGAGGUGAAAAACCCUCUGUUUGACGACUCCACCAUGCAUUAUCAGGGGAAUGAAAAGUGAAUGCUGAACACACACGUGCAAACACUCACACUGCAUGCAGACAAACGGAGGAAACCUGGCAGAAGACGAGACAUUAAACAAAACAAAAAAAAAAAAACACGUAUUGUUUCUCUCUCUUGGCCCUUUACUAAUUCAUCCCCGCCUUCUCCAUGCCUCCCUCCUCCUGCUUUUAUGACCCUCGUGUAAUGUUGGGUUCUUUGUGGAUUUUAAGUCUUUUAACACAAAGACUCCUUCUUGAGUUGUUGCUGUGAGCGUCCUGUCCUCAAUUAAAUUUUAAACUCUUUAUGUUGCAAUUUCUCUCCCCGUCAUUUCUGCAGCUUUUUUUCCAAAGACUGUGAUUAUGAUAGCAGGAGCGUGUAGGAGCCGUACACACAACACACACAUAUACGGAAGCGGAAAAACAGGUGCCCUUCUUUGUUUUGUCAUGCGUAGCUUGUGGCUAAGCCACAUUCCUACCAGGAAAUAUUUAACAUACCAUCUCUGAAAUUUUAGUGUUGCUGAUUUGAGGCUUGGGUCAUAUAAGGUGCACAUAAAGAUAUGAAUAUAAUAUAUGAAGUACUUGAUGAUGUCUGUUGCAUGGUUUGACCGUACUGUGUUUGAAUCAUGGCAAUGCAAAUCCUUCUGCCUCCCGUUAUGUAUGCAGCCCGUUACUGCAGGAGGAAUGUACAGUCCAGGUGACUCUGAAGCAUUUGAAUGACAUUCUCUCGGGUGGGGGGGGGACAGACUAUAUUGAUAGAUGUGUCGGUGGUCAAUUUCACUAUCUUGUGUUGUCCUGCUCUGUCCUCUUGUCAGUCCCAAAAUGAACGUCCUGCUGCAAAAAUGUACAUAAAAGAGUGAAAGUGUUCACCUUUUAUAGAUAUUUGUAUAUGCAGAGCAAGGAUGGGUAAUAAAAGUUUUUACCACGUCA